AUGACGAUCACCGCCCAGGAACUCCCCUCCCUGCUCCAGGAUGACACGUGCGUCAAGGUCGCUGGCAUCGACGUCGACGGCAUCCUCCGCGGCAAGCUCAUGUCCAAGAAGAAGUUUCUCUCCAUUGCGGAAGCGGGCUUUGGGUUCUGCUCCGUCAUAUUUGGCUGGGACAUGCACGACCAGACGUACCUCAAGGAGCUGGGCAUCUCCAACGCCCAGAACGGGUACAGGGACAUUCUCGCGAUCCCCGACCUGGACAGCUUCCGCAGGAUACCAUGGGAGGACAACGUCCCGUUCUUCCUCGUAACCUUCCACGACCCCGACACCCAGAAGCCGCUGUACGCCUGUCCCAGGGGAAUGCUGAGGAUGCAGCUGGACAAGCUGAAGGACAAGGGCUACGGUGCCAUGGCGGGGGCUGAGUAUGAGUUCUACCAAUUCCGCACACCCGACUCGGGUGCCUCGCCGGCCGCUUUCCUCCAGAACAACCCGCCGCACCAGCUGCCCUCCUUGACAGAGGGUAUGUUCGGCUACUCCCUCACCCGCCCGGUCCACAACAAGGACUACUUUUACGACAUUUUCAACACGUGCCAAAAGUUCCACUGCGACAUUGAGGGGUGGCACACCGAGUCGGGCCCCGGCGUCUUCGAGGCAGCGCUGGAGUUUGGCGAGAUUGCGAGCAUGGCCGACAGGGCGGGCUUGUUCAAGUACGUGGUCAAGAGCGUCGGGACACAGCACGGCAUCACGCCCUGCUUCAUGGCCAAGCCCAAGGCGGGUCUCCCCGGCAACAGCGGCCACAUGCACGUCUCCAUUGUCGAUGGCGACGGCAAGAACCUGCUGGCGCGCGACACGAAAGACGAGAAUCCGCAGUGGAAGGACAUUGCCCACCUCUCCGAUCUUGGUCGGCACUUCUUGGCCGGUAUCCUCACCGGGCUGCCUGACAUCAUGCCGCUGCUCGCCCCGACCAUUAACUCGUACAAGCGCCUCGUCGAGAACUUCUGGGCCCCCGUGACCGUCUCGUGGGGCCUCGAGCACCGCGCCGCUUCCAUCCGUCUCAUCGCACCUCCCACGUCCAAGCCAGGCGCCACGCGCUUCGAGGUCCGCGUGCCCGGCGCUGACACCAACGCCCACUUUGUCCUGGCCGCCAUCCUCGGACUUGGGUGGCGCGGCGUGGAGCACAAGCUAGAGAUCCCCUGCCCGCCACUCGCUGCCGACCAAGAUGUCGGUGGUGUCAGCGACCAGGGUGAGCGGUUGGCCAAGAGCCUGAAGGAGGCCACGGCGCGCUUCAUGCGCAAGGAGAGCGUGGCGCGUGAGGUCUUUGGUGAUGAUUUCGUCGACCACUUUGGUGGCACGCGUGAGAACGAGGUGCGCCUCUUUGACGAGGCGGUGACAGAUUGGGAGAUGAAACGGUACAUUGAGGCGGUAUGA